ACACCAGCAAAAGCAGGACGACUACGAUGAGAGGCUGCCCGCUCGCUAUUGCUUCUGCUCUUCUCCCCAUCAUUCUUCUAUAAACACUGGGAAAGGGGGGGAACGGGUAAGACGCCACAUCCGCGUUGUCUGUUUUAUUUUUUACAGUCUAUACUCUAUCCUUGGCGCUCCUUAGGUGGCUAUUGAAAGACGUCGGUAGACGGUUUUUCCUUCCCUCACAAGUGUUUUUUUUCCCCCCUCCCUGUUUUUAUUUCUUUAAGCAAGACUUUUCGUGUCUGUGGAGAUUAAAGGAGAGAGAAAGAGAUGCAAUUCCCUUCACCCGCAGUUAUCCUUGUUCGGUUGCAUCUGUGCGUACACUUGGGCUACAUUUUGCAAGUGGCCUGCCAGCAGCCCCGACGAGACCCUCCUCCCCCAGCCGUGUGGAGGCAAAGGAUUCAAUGGGAGAACAACGGGCAGGUGUUCAGCCUUCUGAGCCUGGGCUCCGAGUACCAGCCUCCGCGCCGGAGGGACUCGGCCGCGGGCUCCUCCGCCCCCUCCUCAGCCUCCUCCUCGCUUCUCCAGUCGCCGGUCCUGCUGCUCAGAAACAACGGCACUUCUCCGCGCUCUCGCCCGCUGCCGUCUGUAGGCGCUCCGGUCCACGACGGCACGAACAGCAGGAGACAGCCGGCGGCACGGCACUGGUUCCAAGCUGGUUAUCAGCCGUCUGGGCAACGGCAGCAGGGCGGACCGUCGGCGUCCACCUCCCCCGCAGCCACUGCCACCACUAGCAGAAGCCCCGGGGGCCGAACGCGGGGCCCCAGCCCUGCGGCCCAGGACAGCAACCAGACCCCUGAGGGUAGCCGCCCCACCCUAAGCAACCUCAGAGCUCCCAGCCGAGUGGAUGGCAUGGUGGGCGACGACCCCUACAACCCCUACAAGUACUCAGACGACAAUCCCUAUUACAACUACUAUGACACUUACGAGAGACCACGUCCAGGAAGCAGGUACAGACCUGGCUAUGGGACUGGAUACUUCCAGUAUGGUCUCCCAGACCUGGUGCCAGAUCCCUACUACAUUCAGGCGUCCACGUACGUGCAGAGGACGUCCAUGUACAACUUGAGAUGUGCUGCGGAGGAAAACUGCCUUGCCAGUUCAGCAUACAGGUCAGAUGUCAGAGAUUAUGAUAACCGAGUGCUGCUAAGAUUUCCCCAACGAGUGAAAAAUCAAGGGACAUCAGAUUUUUUACCAAGCAGACCAAGAUAUUCAUGGGAGUGGCACAGCUGUCACCAACAUUUCCACAGUAUGGAUGAAUUCAGCCACUAUGACUUACUUGAUGCCAAUACCCAGAGCAGAGUGGCUGAAGGCCAUAAAGCAAGUUUUUGCCUUGAGGAUACUUCCUGUGAUUAUGGAUACUAUAGACGAUAUGCCUGUACAGCACACACACAAGGACUGAGCCCUGGGUGCUAUGAUACCUAUAAUGCAGAUAUAGAUUGUCAGUGGAUUGAUAUUACAGAUGUAAAGCCUGGAAACUACAUUCUGAAGGUCAGUGUAAAUCCCAGCUAUUUGGUGCCUGAGUCUGAUUACUCAAACAAUAUUGUACGCUGUGACAUUCGAUACACAGGUCAUCAUGCAUAUGCCUCUGGUUGUACAAUUUCACCGUACUAAGAGACAAAAAAAAAAGUAAAAUAAAAAAGUGGAUGAACCAGUGCCUGAUGUUUUGAACUGAAAAAAAAAAAGAAGAGAAAAGCAAGCUAGAUUAACUUCAGUAGGAUGUAAAUGCUUGAGAAAGAGCACAGAAAACACAAAAGGAAUUAUCAUUUGGACUAUUUAAUUACAAAACAUAACUGGAUUUUGAGAAUGGGAAUAUUUUCCUUUAUAUUGAUGAUAUAGUUGUGGUGAAUUCUGUAAAGCAUUUCAAAUUCCAUAGUUAAGAUCAUUUGCUAUUUCAAAGAAACUUACCUUGUGGUGUACUGGGAAUUGGGAGUGCAAGCCAGCAAAAUAUUUGUUUCAUUGAACUAUUAGUGAAUGAGCUAAAACUGUUUUGUGCUCAAAAAUUUUUAAUGUGCUAAAUUACAAAAUAUAAUAAUGACCAAUUUGUAAACACUAGCAAAAACUAAUUUGGAAAUGUUAAUCCUAUCAUUACUCCUACAAAUAAAUAUGGAAAUAUUGGUGCUGAGGAAAGAAUACACAUUAUUGAUUUCAAGAAAUAUUAAUAUAUAGCAGAGAAAUGUCAAUGUAUGUAUUAAGAUAGCUACAUUCCUAUAUAAAAUUUAUGUUUACAUUUUUAACAUUAGUAGAUAAAUCCUUUUCUUUCUUCCAAAUACAUAGCUCAAUUCUGACAAAAAUCAGGUCUAGUUUUCAAAUGAAUUAAGGAACUUAAUCACACGAUCCAAGUCUAAUAUUUUUAUGAUGCCUUGUCCAUCUCUUUGACCUUGUCUAUGGCUAGAGAUAUUCAAAAUUACAUUCUUAAAAAGACAAGUCAGGAGAUGGUAUGAAUAGGCUACCAUCCAAGUAAAAUACAAUUCUUAUAGCAUGGGUAAUUUUCAAACUAAUUUAGAUAAAGUAUUACCAACACUUACCGUCUCUUUAGGUCACAAGAAAAAAGUAGGUAGUCCAAGUAUUACUGCAUAUCGAACAUCUUUUUUAAAUGAAUGGAAAAUACCGUUGUUGUUCCCAAUAUAUUUUUUUACCUCUCAUACUUGAUAUUUUUUACAUGAGAAUCAUUAGGAUAUUUUAUUGUUGAAGAGAUUAUUCAUAUCAAUAAGAUCACAGAUCCACUUUAGUAUACAAAACUAUAAUUAAAAUAUUUUAAGUAUCAUACAGGAUAUAUGACUUACUAUGUCCAUAUAAUAAGCAAUCAAAUUAGGCCAGUAAGGAACUAAUCAUUAAUAUUUUUUUCUGAAAAGUUUAGCUCAAAUUAGUACAUGGCUUUAAUUAUUAGCAUAAGAAAGGGGACAAAGGAAACACGAUAUUUUCUGUAAAGCAACAGGCUGUACUGUAUAAUAAGACAGCUGUGAUAUUACUUUUAAACUGUGAAAUAAUUUACCACAACAGAAUUUGGAUAGCUUCUGUUUUUCCUGAAAAGCAGAAGAUGCAGUAUGAGUUGUCUACACUUGAAAUAAAACUAUUUUAAAGUUAGUGGUGCUUAAGUACAAAUUAUCAUAAAUUAAAUAAUAUCAAACAAAUCUAAAUUAUGAUAUGCUUUUGAAUACUUCCACAAAACAUCACAUAGAAAAGUGGAUUUACAUCUCCAUGAUUUAUAAAACAAAAAGGUACAAUCAUUGAUAAUUACUAAGCACCUGUGUAUAUGGCCCUAUAAAAGGUCCGAUCAUAGGUAAAUACAUAGUUUACAGUAUAUAUCAUACCCUCCAAAUGCAAUAUUUACCAAUGUUUAGUAGUAUACUGUGACACUGAAAUAGUCAGAAAGCUUUUGAAGAAUUUGUAUCUGGGCUAUGGAAUUAUUUCUUUAAUUAUGAUCUUUUCAAGUACAAAUGAUCUUAAAACACUCAUUUUUGAACUACUGUCAGUAUUAUUACUGAGCCAGACUGGCAUUUAAAGAUACAUAUCUUUUUAUUAAAAACAUAUGAUUUAGAGCUGAAAAGAAUCUGUGAGAAUGUAGUCAAUGUCAAUGAGAUCAUAGAUCCAUUUUCAUCCAUAAAAACCAUAACUAAAACAUAAUUUUACAGAUAAGGAAAUUGGGACUCAAAGAGGUUGAGUGAUUUGCCGAAAGUCAAGAUUUGAACAUAAAUUCAAAUCUAGGCCUUUUCUCCAUACACCUCUGCUUCACACACUUGUUCUUUAAAAACCUUGAUUGGUUUUUGGAUACAUAAAAAUCAUAAAUGUUCCAUUGACGAUGUCCUCAUGUCCCACUACAUUCACUGUAUGUGAAAAAUUUAUCACAAUAUGUAGCAAUGAUACAGGCUGAAAUGACCAAGUUAAUAUGUUCCUACCAUUUGUGUUUAUUACCACCUUUCAGAGAAUCAAAGAGCUGAAAGGGACCUUAUUGGGCAACUGUUCCCAAAGUUUUAUUUUCCAGAUGAGGAACUGUUUGUGUUAUGAAGUUCAUUUAAAAGUCAUGCAAGCACGUGCUAGUAAUAUUUGUAAGUUUCCUACAUCUCAGAAAUGGCUGCAUUUUUAAUACUGAAUAUUUUGAUUUUUUAAACAAAACUCCAUUUACCUUGUUUAAGGGAGCCCCAAAUGUUUGUUUAUUCUAUAUCAUCUCUUUCCCCUACAAUUUCAUUUUUGAGCCCUGAAGAAAUAAUUUCCAGGAGUGAUCACCAAACAUCAAAUAAAACCAACAUUGAACAUUGGUAACAGACAUUAAUCAAUAAAGAUCUAAAUGAAUUGAAAGAUGAAUAGAAGGCAAAGUUGACACAAAAAUAAAGGAACUCUGAAAAGUCUAGCUUCAACUAUAAAGGGUCAUGGGAAAAAUAGGCUUUUAAACUGACCAUUUUUACAAAUCAUCUAGUUUCCCAUACCAUAUGUUCUUUCAGAUGGUCUGAUAAUUCAUGUAUCUUACAACUGAACUAAAAAUUUCUUUACUGGUGAAUAAGAUCCAGACUCCCCUAACAUUACCGUCACAUGUUUUAUUUUAAGGUAAUGCAUCAAAGAUAAGAUUUACAUAUUUUUAGAAAAGUCUUUAUAUUUUUGAUUAAGAGUUUUAUUAAAAUAUAUAUUAUGUGAUCAUUUUACUAGCCAUUGUUUUCAAAAAGUGAAACUAAAAGGACUAUGGUCUCAAAUACAUUAAAAAAAUUCCCUUGGAAACUUAUUUGAGAGUUAUUCUAAAGUUUUUCCAAAUUUCAGAUUUUAAAAGAAAUGCAACCUAUUGAAAACAACUGUGUGAAGCUAAGAGAUUAACCAUAUGUCACUAAUCUUUAAAGGGUACACCUCCUUUCAUUAUUGUUGCUGGAUGUUAUUUGACAAAUAUAAAAUAAGGCUCUGACAAAACCAAAUACAUAUGGAGUAAAAAACAGCUUCAUUUUUAUUUUGUACCAAAGUUUAUUGUGUAUGUCAGCUGGCAUGUAAUUUACUUUCAAUUUCUUUCUGUCAAACUUUUUCUUUUUUUAUGAAGAAUUGUAUCUAUCUAAUCAAAAAAGUAAGUUUCAAUCAAAAGCCUCCAAAAUUGGUCUGACUUGUUCUAUGCUACAACUUGCAAUUAAGACAUGUCCAGAGAUGGUGCUUCAGGUUUUAAAUGGUGCUGAAUUAUUUCAACUUGAAUGUAAACCAUAUGAUUCCAUGUUAAUGGGAAAUGAGCAUUUAAUGUUUAACUGCAACACUCAGUGAAAAGUCCCUUUACAAUGUUACAAGGUUUUAGUAUCCCCCUCUUUCUUUAGAAUUGUCUUUAAAAUCUUUAUAAUUUUAUUUGAAGGCUUAUUUAAAAUAUUCUGAUGCAGCAUAUUCUUCAGUGCACUUUCAUAUUCUUUUCUUGUAUGUCUGUAUUAUGAUUGCAAAGUUUAUACAAAAUGACUUGAAUAAACAGUUUCAAGUGUU